AGAAAAACAAAKAUGAGUAAAGGUAUUGUUUAUGUGGAGAAAGCGGGGCAGGCACCUUCGCCAAGCAAAGACUUCCAUCAGUUAGUUGUAACCGAAACUGAAGUGAUAUGGAGAACGUGGCGGAUCGCACUUCGAAGGGACGAACGAGGAAUUCCCCCAAACCAAAAGAAAGUCCUUUGGGCAGACUUUGAGCAAGAGGAGCUAAUUCAAAGUGAUAUCAAUCGCGUAUUUGGCGAAGAAAUGCUAAGGCUUGUUCAUGGGAUUGCUUGUGGUGACUGGCUUGUUCGUCUCCCGCCAAGAGUCAUCGUACGAUUGACUCGGUUUCUUGGAGUCAUUGAUGUUGUUCGUCUUUCUUCACUCAAUCGGUACAUGAGAAAUGUGUGCUGUAGUGAUGAUGUUUGGAGGAGAAUUGUUUAUUUGCACAGUGACAUCGUUACAGAUGAAAUGAAGGCUAUGGCUAAAGACAUUGGUUGGAGAAAAGCAUUUUUAACGAACAAAAUGCAUCUUCGACUCAAAACUAAACAAAAAGGCAAGAAACUUCACUGAACAGUGAACUGAUAUUCAAGCUUAUAUGAUAAAUUUCUCUUUGAUAACUUGACCAUUGACAAUUAUAAAGUAAAGUUAUACUUAUUUUAAAGGAAUUUCAUUUUGUAAUUUGAUUCUAUUAAAAUUUCCUUUUACAUAUUUCCUAUCGUUAUGGCAUUAUGGACUAGUAAGAUUUACUAAAAGAAUAGAAAACAAGAAUGGGAUUGCAAGAUUUGG